CCAUCUCCAGCGCAACUCCUCCCCUCCCAGCUGACAGCACGAGCUGGCUCUCUCACCUCCGUCCACAGCGCGAGAUGGUCUCGUGGAUAAUCUCCAGAGUUGUUGUGCUCAUCUUUGGGCUGCUGUAUCCGGCGUACUCCUCAUAUAAAGCCGUCAAGUCAAAGGACGUCAGAGAAUACGUGAAAUGGAUGAUGUACUGGAUCAUAUUCGCUCUCUUCACGACAGCCGAAGCCAUCACGGACAUGUUCAUAUACUGGAUACCGUUCUACUAUGAGUUGAAGAUUGCCUUCGUGGUGUGGCUGCUCUCCCCCUACACUAAAGGCUCCAGCGUACUCUACCGCAAGUUUGUACACCCCACACUGUCCUCUAAAGAGAAGGACAUCGAUGAGUACCUGAACCAGGCGAAGGAUAAGAGCUAUGACACCCUGGUGCAUUAUGGGAGGAGAGGGCUGAACGUGGCGGCCAACGCAGCUGUCAUGGCAGCAUCCAAGGGUCAGGACGUCCUGUCUGAUCGCCUGCGUAGUUUCAGCAUGCAGGACAUCGCGUCUAUGCAGGCGGAAGGGGCGGAGCCAGCAGCCGCCACUCAAAAGAGGACCACCCAAUCAGGCAACAGGAACAUGAUGCGCAGCAAAUCAGAGUCUGCCAGCAGCAAAGGUGAGGAGGACGAUGGCGGCCCUUUUGAGUUUUUGAGUUUUGACCCGCCUGAGUCACCGUCCCCUGAAGAGGCAGCCCCAAGCCCCUCCCCCUCCCCAACACCCCUUCCCGCAACUCCGCCACAGGAAGUGACAUCAGAGCCAAGCCCCUCCCCCUCUCCCAGCCCCUCCCCUGACCUCGCCCAGCUGCGCCAGGUGAAGAGGCGUGCCCCCGAGCCUCCCGUUAGAGCUUCGCUGCGUCCGGUGACUCGCUCCGUCUCCAAGAGCGCCCCCUCUGGUGGUGGCGAGGUCAUGUGACGCACGGCAGCCUAUCAGCAUCCAGGAAACGCCCACUAGGACAUGCCCACCCAGCGCUGCCUUGAUGACCAGAGUGACGUGACGCCAUGACGACAGCCGUGACCUCUGACCCCUGACCCAGCCAGCUGCGACCACUAGGGUGAAAGGUCAAGGGUCAAGGAGACUCAACUGCCCUCACUCACAAGGACGACUACUAAUGACACAGACACACACACACACACAAAACAGUGCAGUUACCGUGUGUGUGUGUGUGUGUGUGUGUGUGUGUGUGUGUGUGUGUGUGUGUGUGUGUGUGUGUGUGUGUGUGUGUGUGUGAGAGAGAGAGAGAGAGAGACUGUAGACUGGACUUGUGCACUAAUACACACACUGAACUCUGCGGAUAGUGUGUGUGUGUGUGUGUGUGUGUGUGUGUGUGUGUGUGUGUGUGUGUGUGUGUGUGUGUGUGUGUGUGUGUGUGUGUGUGUGGUCUUUGAGUGACUGUGUGUGCGCUUGCCUGUAGAAAUGCGAGUGUUUGCGUGUGUUUAACUGCCAAUGGCUUUUUUGAAUGUUAAUCAUGUUCUACUUUUAUGAAUGAAAAUGUGCAAUUAUCAGAUAUAAUUUCAAUCAUGUGAAAAUCAAGGAUUAGAUUGUGUGUCUGUAUAUAUAAUGUAUGAUGUGUGAUAUGAUAAAUGAGUGUGUGUGAGUGUGUGUGUGUAUGUGCGUGUUCAGGGUAAUCUAUUAUGAUUUGUGUAUAUUACCAGACAGAAACACACACACACACACACACAUAUGUACACCACUACACUUAUUACGUGCAGACAAAUCAAAUUAAUCCUCAAAACGAAAGUCUUUUCCUCAAACUUUAAAUGAAUUGAAGAUGUUUGUUUUUUAUGAUGUACAAUAGUCUUGUUGUUACUUUUAUAUUGUUUUCUUUAUUGAUAUUGCGGAAUUCAGAACAAAUGUAUUUCUCACACAUGAUGUACGUAUGUGUAUGUGUGUGUGUCUUCACUGUGACUUGUAGUGUGUGUGUGUGUGUGUGUGUGUGUGUGUGUGUGUGUGUGUGUGUGUGUGUGCGCGUGCGUGCCCAGCCCAGGGGUGUUCUUGAGAACUACUGAUACAGCAAGUCAGAUUGCACACACACACACACACACACACACACACACACACACACACACACACACACACACACACACACACACACACACACACACACACACACACACACACACACACACACACACACACACCACCUCACUGUGAAGCAGCCUAGAACUAGUUAUGCUUAUACACACACACACACACACACACACACACACACACACACACACACACACACACACACACAAUCACUGACUGCUGCUUCUCAGGUCCAGCUGUUUACAUGUGUGUAUGCGUAUGCGUGUGUGUAUGUACUGUGUGUGUGUGUGUGUGUGUGUGUGUGUGUGUGUGUGUGUGUGUGUGUGUGUGUGUGUGUGUGUGCGUGCGUGCGUGCGUGCUUCCAUGGUCCACAGCCAGGAGCUCUAGUGGCCACCCAAUUAGCACGGGUCAUCAAGACCGCAGCAGCCAAUGACGACAGGCCCUGCUUCACCUGUCGGCUGGUUGCCAUGGUCGCGCCAGUGUUGAUGCUUCAUCGCCAUUUUAAAUGUCAGAAGAUGCUAAUGUGGCUAGCGCUAAUGUUGCUUUCUGUCCAGAAUAAUGUCCAGUGCUCACUGCAUGCCAUUAAAACACUCA